AUGACCGACAUUACCAACGCAAAGCCUGAAGACCCCACCACCACCACCACCGACGCUGCUGCGGCGCCAGAGGAAGAAAAGCCAGUCGACGCUCCUCCUGCCGAAGAACCCAAGCCAGACACAGAAAAAGAAGUUGCUGCUGCUGCUGAUGACGAUGCAAAGAAAGACGCGGAGGGAGGGGACAACAAGCCCCCCACCACCACAUCUGAUAGCGUGUUUUCGAUGUUUGGUGGGGGUCCGAAGAGGGAGAGGAAACGGGAGGAUGAUGAGGAUGAGGAUGAGCCGUCUGGGUCUUCGAAGGCGAAGAAGGAUGGGGAUGUAGCGGAGGAGGAGGAAGCGGACGUCCACUUUGAGCCCGUCGUACAUCUUACCGAAAAAGUCGAAAUCAAGACGAACGAGGAGCUGGAGGAACAGACAUUUAAGAUGCGUGCGAAGCUCUUUAAAUUCGACCGUGAGUCCCGGGAAUGGAAAGAGCGUGGGACCGGCGAUGUCAGACUUCUUAAGCACAAGGAAAACCAGAAGACCCGCCUGGUUAUGCGGAGAGAUAAGACGCUGAAGGUUUGCGCGAAUCAUUACAUUGUUCCCGAUAUGAAGCUGGCACCCAAUGUCGGUAGCGACCGAAGUUGGGUAUGGAAUGCCGCUGCAGAUGUCAGCGAAGGUGAACCUGAAGCACAAACUCUGGCCAUCCGCUUUGCGAAUAGUGAAAAUGCGAACCUCUUUAAGGAAGCCUUCGAAAAGGCCCAACAGGAGAACGAGAAGCUUUUCGCCGCUGGCGCUAGCGAGUAAAUUUUUCAAUAGUCUGCUCGGGACUAUAUUAUUCACGUUCUUACUAUCAUCAUCAUCAUCAUCCCAAAUAUCAUCAUCUUCGAGAACAAUUUAUGCGUCACUGAGAUGUGUUUUAACAGCACGUUCAAUUAUCCCCUUUGACAACACGCCCCGUCUGGACUCAAAUCCCCCGUCCCCACUUCACUAUCAUAUCCCCCUUCACCACCAUCGCCAUCACCGUUCCCCAAUACAGACUCCCCGAAUAAUCCUUACGUCCCCCUUGACAACCCCUAUGCAAAAUCCCAAUACCCCCCGCUUUUUUUUUGGUCAAUGAGACUGCUUUUCCCCUGAUUCCUAUUCGAUGAUGUAAUGUGUUUCUCAUCAAGCAAUGGUGCAGAUGAAAUUAUUUUUUAUAUUAUCUUUUCACACAGAAAAAGAAGAAGAUAAAGCGCCAAAAAAGGUUAUAAAUAGAUAAAUUUGAAUGUCCAUG